AUGGAUAACAAAAGUUUUUGUGUUUUGGACAACGUUAAAAAGUUAAUUUUACACUAUUUCACACCAAGUGCUUCGAUCAACGAUACAGGUAAAUUACUUCGUGAACUGAAGAAGGUUUCGGUUCUAGAUUCAAGAAUUGGACAGUUGAGAUUCCCACUUACUCCUCAACAAUCUGCUCUUAAAAAAUGGAACGAUAUGCAUGUGCAAGCUCGACUUGAGAAGUAUUUUUACGAUACAAAGAAGUUUCCCCUUCUAAAUAAGUGGAGUGCGGAAGCAUUCAAAUAUUGUGUUUUAUUGACCUACGUGGAAAGGAACAAUGUCAUCGAAAGGAAAAAGAACUGGUGGCGAGAUUUUAAACGCUUAUAA